AUACAGACCAUCUCAUUGACUCAAUAGACGGUCAACGAAGGCUUUGAGAAGGACCUCCGUUCCAGACAGGUAUCUAUCCCACGUAUCUAUAAGGGAAUAGCUUGAUACCAGAUCAGAGGCCUGAACUAUGGACAGUAUUUAGAGGAGAGAAAUAUGUCUUGUCAGUGGCGGCACAACUCUCACGACAACUGGGAGAUGACGCAGAGUAACCCGCCUUCGGAGCUCCCAAAUGACCCUAUCAUUUCUACAAGUUCCAAUCCCGAUGAACGUUCUUCGUCGCCAGCUAUGCAAGACGAACAUACACAGCAGUCUUGCGGUGGUUCGGCGCAGGAAAUACCUGAUAGUCUCUUUUCCAACGCCGCACAAGCAGAAACAGAGCCUAUCCCCCGUGAUGAUUAUAUGCCCAGCCCUGAAGACAUGCUACUUCCAGAUUCUCCAUCUCACCCAUCUUUACCAUCGGAUUUUGACGAUCAUAUAAUGUCACGCCGUAUAACCGAAACAGAAGCCAUACAAACCCCCGCGAUGAGUUCUGGGCACAUAGCAGGUAGAGAAAAUGGCAACAUCAGUAUUUCGGAUGAGAGCGCCAGCGAUUUUGAGAUGUCUGAAAGCGAAGGAGAUGGAUCAGACAGCACUUAUAUCGUAGGAGCAAGUACCCGACGUGGAAAGAAAAAGGCAUCUGAUAAAAAGGCCUCUAGUAAGGCCUCAAGAUCACAGACAACAGCUAAGAGCGACGGCCAAAAUGCUUCGGUUGCCAAAGAAGCUAAGCAAGCAAGUGCCAUAAAAGGCCGGCCGCGCAAAGUCGAGAGCACUUCUAAGACAGCGUCAAGACGUACCAAGCAGGUUGCGAAUACUACCAGUGUACAAAACCCAGCGGCUAACCCUAAAGCCAAGCCUAUAGCAACUCAGAGUCGCACAUCACGGCAUUUUCAAAAGGGAAAUAAGGAUGACGGUCUUGAAAACUUAGAUAAGGCCGUUCAGAAACCUCAACCACCCCCCGGUGGGCAACGGGCGAAGCUAAAAUCGUCUACCGCUAGACUGCCUAAGAAGUCGUUUUAUGGAGGGUCAAAUGACGGCCCAUCAGCACAAGUCGCGCAAGACACUAACAAAGGCACCAAGCCCCAACCAAUGUCUGAUACAGGGUCGGGGGUUAAACAGAGCUCGAACAACCGGAAGCAGCUUUACCCUGCCUCGCCAAUUAGAAUCGAAGAUAGUGACGAUGGUGAUGAUGGUGAUGAUUACGUCUGGUAUCCGCCGGAGUCCCCUGCAAAAGAGCAUAAACCACCACCAAAAGCUCCAGUUAGUAGCAAACAUUCAUCCAAGGUGCCCGAAGUAGCUGUAGGUCCCAAUUCGAAGAAGAAGCGAAGUCCAAUACAAUCAGAACCGAAGUUGAGAAAUUCAAAGAAUAGUCCUACACGAACUUACGGACAGAAACCCAACAAGAGUAUAAAUAACAACACACAGUUCCAUGGAACGAGACAUGAGGAAGCCCUGCACGUAGAAGAGCCUAUACCAUCUGAGUCUGAGAAGCCUCAGAAUCAGAAACCAGAUAUAUCCGGCUCUAAUCCGAAUCCUAAACCCGACAAGAAUAUUGCUUUAACUCGAGUGAAAAAGGAAAGCAAUAAAACUGACAAACGAAAGUCUGUUCCCGAAAGGAUUCUAGAAAAGCCUCCGACCGAAGCUACAACUGCGAAACGGUAUUCGGAGCCAAGCGAGGAUACGGAUAUGGCUCCUCCACGAAGUCAUGCACCGGCAGAACCUCAAGCCGCCAGUACACAGAGGGCUCUUAGGAAGGAAUUAGCUACUUCGGCAUCUGUUGCGAGCGUCACCAAAGACGAAGUAGAACAAAUAGCACCCAGAUCUCUGGCAAUUCAUCAGGAACCUGGAUAUUUGGACAAACUUCAUGAUAGUCAGAAUCAUCAUCUCAGUAUACGGAGUGACUCGCCGAAGCAAGAACUAUCAGAUAAUUACUCGGCCAAUCUUAAAGCAUCCACGAAGCAGAAAAUUCCUGAUCACAAUGAGAAUUCGGAGGAACCUAAGAGCAAAGUAAACCAAGAAUUAAGCCCAGUACAGAGAGUCAAAUCGCUGCUACCGGCUCAAAGCGCGGGUUCUGGCCAGGGAGAGACUUAUACAAGAGACGUGCAAGAGGGCUUAGGAGGCCUCAACAUUCAUGUCGAACAGGCACGUAAGACUUCUGUUCCAGCUAAUGGCCAAAAUUCUCUUCACAUGGAGGCAGAGGGUUACAAAAAAUACAGUGUUAACCUAGCAGAGGCUACGAAGCGCUCAGAUAUUAGCAAGUCGGAUAAUUCUUUGAAACCUUCGAGUAUAAUUGUAGGGAACGAAGUAGUCUUCGGACGCAACCCACCCCAGGAACCCCAGCAGCCCGCCAAAUACAAGGAACAUUUCCGGUUCUUGGACGAGCAUCAAGCAUGGUUCAACCAUAAGACAUCUUGGCCUCAGCAGACGCCUCUCAACUUUGAGUCGCAACUACAUCAAGCAAGUGGUCUCUCGUCAGCUGAUCGCUUACAACCUCUAGCGGAUAGUUCGAUGAGGCUUACUACCCUAAAGGACAUGGAGAAUCAUCAACAUGUAUCCAAUCCGAAGUCUCGAAUAAUAUUCCCUUCGAGCCCCAGUGAAAGACCUUUAGCUAAAAACACAAAUGAUCUUAUGCCUCAGGCCCCACAACUUCAUCCAAAGUCAGUGGACUUUGCUUCUAGAAUCGCUCAGGGUUACGAACAAGCAGAUUUUCACCAAGAGGCUAAUCGAGAAGUAGUUAACGAGAGGACUAGCUAUGAACCCGUAAAGCAACAGCUGUCAUGGUUCCAACCAAAAGUUGCUACAAAGUCGCGGAUGGACUCAAAACAGCUGUCCCCUGAGUCUGCUGGCUUUGUUGGGGUCCAUAAUGGAAAAGGCCCAAGAGGAUAUGGUAAGCAACAGAGAAACCUAACAUCAAAACCUAGAUACGAGGCGAAAUGGCAGAACGCAGUCGAGGCUGCCUCCAGCGGGGUAGUAGAUACUCUCCACUUCAUCUCUACAUCUCUUCUUGAGCAUCUAAGGACGCGAGAGGAAAGUGUUUUUGCCAUCGUACACGAGUAUAAACGCAACGGCACUAAAAUUUCAGAGAAGCUGGUCAAACGUCAGACAGAAGAAUGGCGCAAUGCUUCGACUGCCGUAGAACAGAAAUGCCUAGAAGUCGCAACGCUAUAUGAGGCAUUAUCUAAGGAAACUCAAGGCUUCCGAGCUAAAUGUUUGUCUAAGCGUCGCGACCAAGCAUAUGCUGAGUGGCAACAGCAGACGGCGCGAGUCAAGGAUGCAAUACGUGCAGCUAGGGAGGAGACAACCUUGGGCCGAGAACAAUGAUCGGCUCCUGGCUCCGGUUAUCUCUGUGUUUAGACCUGGCACUUCGCUAUAGUAAAUAUUGACAUAGGGUCGCACUUGGUGAUUCUGAGACAAAGAAUUUUGCUAGGAGAGGUAGAAGUAAUGUUGCAGCCAGCUCGAAAACUUUAGCUUGCUUAAAGAUACAUUCUUCCACGAGGGGAUAU